AUGAGUUGGCUGAGGUCAGUGAGGGACGAGGAAGGCGAGGAGAACCGGCUGGAGGUGGCAUUGGCGUGCAGCACACCGUCUCCGGAGCAGAGGCCGAUGAUGUGGCAAGUAGUGAAGUUGAUACAAGAGCUUGAAGAGGUUAUCUUAAUGGAAGAUACGAGUGGAUCUGAUCAAGGAGAUCGCGGCGGAGUUCGAGCGAUCGCGAACCGGCUGUCGGAGACGGAGGUGGCGACAGUGGCGUCGGUGGUGGAGCUGGAGCCGCAGCAUCUGGCGGAGAUCGCGAAGCGCGCGCAGAAGCUGACCGGGCCGAAGAAUGUGAAGCUGAAGACGGUGAUCGACAAGUCGCUGCUCGCCGGAAUCAUCAUCCGGUAUGGGAAUUCCGGCUCGAAAUUGAGUUUAAUUACUCUUAGGUUGCUGAAUGAUGUAUGUGAAUUCAAGAAUUAUUGA